CACGUAAGUCCAUCUCUCGGCGCAAAACACAAUGGAAAAGUGAUUCACGUCGGAAUGUGUGUGGCUUGUGUGUUUUGGACAUUGGGUGGAGUCCUCUGCUAGCGCUAACUGACAUUAUUCGUCUUUCUGCGUUUUGGAAGAAGUUUUUUCUCCAAAAUGGCUGAUCAUUAUGGAAGAGAUUUGAACAAAAGCCACAUCAAUCCAUGCAUUAAGUACACACUGUUUGUUCUCAACUUUUUAUUAUGGCUAUUUUCUAUUUGCCUGAUCAUCAUCGGCGUCUGGGCAUUGAUUGAGAGACAGAAUACAAUCAACAUCACUUCCUACCUAGAUGUCUUCACUGAACCUUCUAUUGUACUCAUCGUGGUCGGUAGUGUCUCAUUCAUUCUGGGAUUCACAGGAUUCCUCGGAGCACUCAGAGAGAACUGCUGCCUUCUUAUGUUUUUUUACCUGUUUAUGCUGCUUAUCUUCAUUCUGGAGGUAGUCGCCGGAAUCCUAGCCUUUGUAUACAGUGACCAGUUUAAGAGUACAGUGGAGGAAAUAGUGGAUAGAUCCAUUGUGCAAUACAGAGUAGAUGGAGACCUCACAAACCUGAUUGAUUUCACUCAAAGAGAGUUAGGUUGUUGCGGUGGCGAUAAUACAUAUAGGGAUUGGAGUCAGAAUCGCUACUUCAACUGCUCUGAUACUAACCCUAGCAGUGAGAAAUGUGGGGUGCCUUACUCCUGCUGUCGUCCACAAGUUUCUUCAGCAGGAGAGGACCCUGAUAUUAUCAACACACAGUGUGGAUUCAAUGUUCAGAACCAGCCACAAACAAAUUUAACCACAAUCUACGUGGUUGGAUGCGUGGACCACUUCCUGAACUAUGUGAAUCAAAAGGCUUAUAUUGUUGGCUUGACUGUGUUUGGAGUUGCUGCUGUUCAGCUGUUGGUCAUGUUCCUGGCUUUCUUACUUUGCAGACAAAUUGAGCUUGAGUGCAGUCGCUAUCAUGAGUGCAAGAAACGUGGCGUGAACAAUUUCGCUUAAAGGGCUGGGUACUUUUGGUAACACAAAACACAAUGUCCACAGAUUUACAUUAAACUUAAACAGUUAGAAGAUAAUGAUAGUAGAAAG